AUGACGGCUCUGUGGCUCCAGUCCGUGUCCCUGCUGGUUCUGGUGCUGGUCUCUCUGCCGGGCUCCCGGGCCGCUCCGGGCCCUCAGCACCUGUGUGGGUCUCACCUGGUGGACGCCCUGUACCUGGUCUGUGGGGAACGAGGCUUCUUCUACAACCCCAAGAGAGACGUGAACCCCCUGAUGGGUUUCCUCCCCCCGAAGGCGGCUGGAGAAAACGAGGUGGCAGAGUUCGGCUUCAAGGACCAGAUGGAGCUGAUGGUGAAGCGCGGCAUCGUGGAGCAGUGCUGCCACCAGCCCUGCAACAUCUUCGACCUGCAGAACUACUGCAACUGA